UCUUCCUCUCUUUGCUCCUCUUCUUCACUCUUCCCCUCCUCCUCUUCUUUCUCUUCCUCCUCCUCCUCUUCCACCAUGAGUUCCUCCAACCGGGACCCCUUCUUCCCCUCCUCUUCCUCUUUGGGCCGGAGAGCCUUGGGGGGUUCUCCCUCGAGGCUGCCCCCCUUUCCCUCCUCCUCCUCCUCCCUCCGCCGGGGGGUCCUUGGGGGCUCCUCCUUCCGCCACUUGCCUGCCCCAAGCAGCUCGGUGGACCACCUGGAGGCCCUCUUGUCUGGCCCUUCUCCAUCAUCUCCAUCUUCUUCUUCUCGCGCAUCGGAGAAGGCUCAGCUGCAGGGCCUGAACGACCGCUUUGCCUCCUACAUCGAGAAGGUCCAUCUCCUGGAGCAGCAGAACCAGCAGCUGGAGGCCGAGGCUGGGGCCCUUCGGGGCCGUCUGCUGUCGGAGCCCUCCCGGCUCCAGGGCCUCUACCAGCAGGAGCUGCGGGAGCUGAGGGCCGCCCUGGAGGCCUUGAGGCAGGACGGGGACCGGGCCGCCUUGGAGGGCCAGCGCAUGGCCAGGGACCUCCAGAGACUCCGCCAGCAAGAGGCCCUCCAGGUCCAACGGAGCCAGGAGGCCCAGGACCAGCUCCGCCAGGCCCGACGGCAGGCAGACCAAGACACCCUCCGGAGAAUGGAGCUCGAGAAGAAGGUGGAGGCCCUCCUCCAGGAGAUCACCUUCCUCAGGAACCUCCAUCGCCAGGAGAUGGAAGAGCUCCAGCAAGAGCUCCAACAGGCCCAGGUCCCUGUGGAGAUCGACAUCAGCAAGCCUGACCUGACCGCCGCCUUGAAGGAGAUCCGCAUGCAGUACGAGGUCCUCUCUGCCCGCAACCAGCAGUCGGCCGAGGAGUGGUACAAGUCCAAGUUUGCCAACUUCACAGAAGAGGCUGCCCGCAGCAGCGACAGCAUCCGCCAGGCCAAGGAGGAGAUCUCGGAGUAUCGCCGCCAGCUGCAAGCCCGAAACAUCGAGAUCGAGGCCCUUCGCAGCGCCAACGAAUCCCUGGAGAGGCAACUGCAAGAGGCUGAGGAGAGGGGCAACGGCGAGAUUCACGGUCUGCAGGAGACCAUCAGUCAGCUGGAAAAUGCCUUGAGGACGACCAAAGGAGAGAUGGCGAGGCACCUGAGGGAGUACCAAGACCUCCUGAAUGUAAAGAUGGCCCUGGACAUUGAAAUAGCAGCUUACAGAAAACUGCUGGAAGGAGAGGAGACGCGCUUGAGCAACGUUGGCAGCAGCAGCAGCAGCAGCAGCUUCCUUGGGUUUAGCUACCCUUUCUCCUCAAGCCCUCUCUCCAGCCUGAAAGGGUUCUCCAGGAGCACAGUUGUCGCCAGGAAGGAGGACAUGGAGGACAACCCAAAGGAAGCGGAGGAGGAGGACUCCGGAGAUGAGAAGUGAGAUGCCAGCGUGGCCAAAAACUAAGCGCGGGGGGAGCUUCUUGCAAUGUUCGGAUUUCUUCACAAGGAGGAAGAGGGGGGUGCUUUCAGUUUUUCAGACAGUUUUGGGGGGAACACCUUCAAGUCUGCAGAGACAAACAUUCGACCACCAUCGGCUGCAAAGAUGCCACAGAUCCUUCACCUGCACAUUAUUAUAGUUAUUUAUUUAUUUAUUUAUUUAAUUGUAUCCUGCCCUUCUCAGAGCAGCUUCACAUCAUUACAAAAACGGUACAAUUAAAAACGUGGGGGGAAGUACAUUAAAAAGGAAUUAAAUUAUUACAAUAUUAAAACAGAUAGUUGUUAAAAGAAUAAAACACAUUUUAAAAAGAUAAAAUUAUAUAAAACAUUGCAGGUCUGUGGGUGUGCCGGGUGUUUCUGCACUACACUCUUAUAGCAGUUGGAUCCUGCUUUAGCUGCCAUGGCUGCAUCCUGUGGAAUCCUGGGAUUUGUAGAGUCAAUAUAUAGGUAUUCAAUUAAUCUACUCUAGUUAGGACUAGCAACAGGAUUUAGGCCUAUCGAUCCCAGGAUUCUGUAGAAAGGAGCCAUAGCAGUUAAAGCGGUAUCAAACCCUACCAAGAUGUAGUGCACAUGCAUUCUCAGUUAAAUGUGUAUUGCAUCUGUAAGGUUAAAGGUACAUGGACAUAUGUUUGGACAUCUUUGCCCUAUGCCAAUGUGACCCAAAAUGUCUUUACUUGGAGGUAAGCCCCGCUGCUUUCUUGGGGGCUUAUUCUGUUAUAAAUAGAUAUAGAUCUACUCAGGAGUGAUUGUUUGUGAGUUUUUCCAGAAAAUCAUUAUCAGAAUGAAAAGGAAUCAGUCCCAGACUUUGAAAAGUCUUCAAAAGCUGUAUAGUUUUCAAAGACUAUUGAAGCAGGAAGGAAAUGGCUCAAAUUACUCAAUGUGUCCUUUAGGAAUAGAAGAAUCACAGCCCAGCUAGGACCUUGCAAAAGCCAUAAACGGCCUUUGGCCUCACCCUUUUGGUAGCUGCCUGCAGGUCAGCGGCAUGCCUUUGGGAAGAGCUCUGGUGAGAUGAUGGGCAAAGGCAGAGCCAACCAUGCCAUCACUGAUGCACUUACCCAAAUGCAUCACAUUGGCUUCAUCUGUAUCAAUUGUGUUUGCAACUGGACAUAGUUGCUGUCCUUCUACUCCAAUCUAGGGCAACGUGGCAAACAAAAAGUCAGUAGAUGCAGUUUUUGCACACUUUGUGUCCCCUCACCCAGCCCCACAAAGAAAGCCUGCAUGUACUGAUAAUGUCCAAACCUGUUGUGAUGCUGGAAAGGCAUAGCACAUCAACCAGGAUAAAGAAGAAACAAACCCAAUUUCCUACCAUCCCCGUCACAAUCCCUAUUCUGGAAUAAAUACCGUUGCACAAGGGUAGUAUCCCAAUCUGAGCUGUGCAGAGUUGUGCCCUGUUUUGUGCAUGCGAUGCUCAUCCUCAUUUGUAAAACUCGCCCGUCACUCAUUUUGUCGCGGAGGUCAGAAAUUGUACAUAACCCUCCUUUGGGCUGUUUCUCCAUAUAAAAACAACAGCAUCCCCUUUUUAAAAAUGAAAACCUUCCCUUGAGGACAUUCUAUGCCUAGACUUAGUUUAGGUGGGACCUAUCUUAAUGUAUUUGUAAUUCUUCAUUUUUGGGGGGAGUUUUGGCAGAAACCACCUGUAAUAAUAUUUUAGGUGAAACAUAAAUGCAAGUAUCUAGAAGGAAGUUCUUGACUCAUUUGCGUGUCCCAAAGUCCAGGUGCUAUUAGAGAGAAUGCUCUGUGCAUGACUAAAUAGAGAGCAUUUCUUAGUAUUAUGUGUGUAUGUAUGUGCAUAGAGAACGCAAGCAGAAUGUAAGACAAGGAGGUCAUGGAGACAUUUCAAAGGCUAUUUAUUGGGUCAAGGGGUGUGAUCGGCGCAUGAAACUACAUUCCCAAUUGUGUCCUGUGAUUAACUUCCUUCUUUAAAAACACACACACCUGCUUUUAGACCUUUUUAAAAACGGUGUUUAUAAGGCAAAUAAAAUGGAAAUUAGAAACCCCACUGAAAGGUCUUGUAUUGU